AAUCUUGCCUGACUGAAAACAGCCGCGAUUUACUUCUAGAAGACCUUCAUUCAAAAAUAAGUUGGAAGAACAUUGUUUUUAUACCAAGUUCAUAAAUAUAAAGUUCCCCUAAUGUGCCCUGAACAUGAUUGUGUAAUUAAUAUUGAACGACGUAUUAAUGUUCCAAGCGUGCGACUAUACUGGAAGCUAUCUAUUGCUAAAUAAUUGAUCCAAUAGAACUGUGCGGUCUUGUAUAUCCGUAGACGCGUUUGAGUUACAAUUAAAUUAGUUUCCCCUCAUAGUUUAAUUAUGUUGAGUUCUGUUGUCGAUUAUGUGAAUUAUUUGUGAUCAUCUGUGAGAGAGGUGUUCUCGAUGCGAGGGAGUGAGGGGUAUAGCGGAAGUGUCUGGAUAGCCCCAAGCUCGGUUUGGUCUCUGACGCCCGUCCCACCCCCUAGGGCGCAGCCUCUGCUAACCCUGGCUGUUGUGUUUCGAUGUCGCUAAAUAUUAUUUUCUUUAUCUUUUUUUCUAAAUGUGUGUAUGUAUAUCUAUGUAGUUAUCCGGCCAUAAUCCUUGUUUUAUUUUAUGUUGAACCCUACAUUUGAGUAUAAUAUGUAAUCAGUAUUAUAUGUUAUUAUAACCAUACAUAUAUGGGUGUUGCAUGAUCCGUGCCUACUGUGUCCGAAUAUGUUAGACUUCUAUAGCCCUUUGUGUUGUUCGUAGUGAACUGUACAUUUAUGUGAUUAUAUUUACCUUCCCGGGCGAACUGCCCUCGGCGCUGACAGUUAAUUAACUAUACUCAUAUUUAUACUACGCUACUCCUCAACUUUAUGUCAAAGACGCUAAUUAUAAUCUCAAAGCGAGUGUUUAACCGUCAGCUCCUGUAAUUUCGCCCGAUUGCUGUUUUAGGUUUCAAAGCAUGAAGCCCGUCAUUGUCCACAAUAGAAUCCAAGUCCCAUGUUUAGUUUGAAUACUUCUCUAACGUUAGUACCCCUUUUAGUACGUUAAUUGAACAAAUACGUGCGCUUUUGAGUCUGAAAAAAAACCUAGUGAAACCAUUGUUGCUUGGGCUUGCUUUCUAAUGAGACCCUGUCUACCUCUCGGAUCCUCAGUGCAGGUAUCCGCGUCCGAGGCUGACUCACUAUUUCAACGCACUUUCUAUUCUAUUUAUUUCCUGUUUGGUAACGAUACUUGACUCUUCAUAGAUGACAUGGUUGUUCUCUGUGUUUCUGUUUCCGUACGUAACGUUCCAACACUAACUGAUCUAGCGAACUAAUCUUUGGCAUUGCGUACAUCGUGAUCAGUGUAUGUUGAUGUUCGUUCUAUCCUGUUUUAGUUGAUCUGUAUCUUAGGUCUCUGUUGUAGUGGCUGCUCUCUGUUGUUGACUGUACAUCUAUUAUGUUGUAUGAUUUUCAUGCCUUCUCGAACAUUCACAUUACUGUCAAUAUGUGGGCGUGAACACACCCCGUACCUACCACUGAACUCCAACAAAUAUAUCGAGCUACACCUAAUGCUGACUCUCACACAAUAUACCUACAUGGACCUAACCGAUAUUACCAGUAUUACCCACAUUACUGUAUUCAUAUUAUUUCUUACUUUUCAUUUACUAUAUUUUAGUUCAGAAUCUUUAUAGAGGAUACCUUAUUAUUUACGUAAUAUGUUGCGAUUAUUGUUUUAUAACAUUAAGUUUAUAUGCUGAAAUGUAUGCGCCGAAUAUAACAUGAUAUACGACACUGUACAGACUCAGCAUUACUCUCAACAACACAGUUCAAACACCAGGGAGGACGUCAUCCAGCGGGUCGCCACCGAGCCAAGGUUCACGUGUUGCUUCAACCCCUUGCCUUAGUGGUAGACGCCCAUUGUAUGGCCAGGUGGCACGACGCUGGGUGGCGUCAUCCCGCGUGACAUACAAGUGCAACAUCUGACUGUACUCGUGACGCGCCACGCUCGCGCCGCCGCGUGCGCGCCCGCCGGGCUCGAACCCACUGUCCACUCACCCUACUGUACCCCUCACAACUAACAUGCUCUGUGACUUUUUGUUUCUGCGGCGUAGAGCAAGGAGGCCGGCAUUCGUACUCUGGUCGCUCUAGAUGACCAGGGAGGUGAGUGAUCUGCAAAAUUUGCAACACUACAUUAUUUACAAUUUUAUAUAUUUUAUCCUUUUUCGCUAACUUUGUUGAGCAUCGUAGGGUUUUCAGCCGACCCGAAGAUGGGCUCACCGAUGUAGAAGAGUUAAGGGGGUAUCGCAUUGAUUAUGUAUUUAAAUUACGUCACUGCUAUUACAAUGCAAAGGUGCGGGCAUCCUCUGAGAAAUGACCGUUUACAUUGUAAGACUCACACACGGAGAUGACCACGGAAAACCCACAUCUUUGUAUAUUUAUUCGUAUGUAGAUAAUAUACACCACUUUGCACAACUUACAACGAGCUCUAUCUUGUACGACGUCCGGCAGGCCGACCGACAUACAACCGUAUAUAUUCGGGCGUACCGAUACCUUAUACAUUCUGCAUUCCAGAUAUUGUUCGUACUCGACUCUAAUUGAAACAACUUUACUGAUUUCACAUAAAACGAAUCUAAAUGAACGAGCAAAGUAAAUUCGAAACGCUUCUCCUCAACGCACGACUCUUGACAUCACACAAUAAAUCAUGAAUCAUAUGAAACUGAGCACAGAUGAAACUGAAUCUGGUUUUACUUGCAAGCUUCACUGCAUGCAUGUGGUUGUGAUCGAGUAGUGUGUGUUAGCACGCCGCACGCGUCGCCCGGCACGCCCGCCACGCCCGCCACGCCCGUAGGCCGCGUCACGCCGCCGCAGCUGCUCGCGCCUCACGCCGCGCCCGUGCGACCGACCGGCGCACCGCACCACCCACCCACACACCCCGAUACUCUCUCCUACGAUAUAUUAUUUUGAUUUGUAUUUUAUGUAUAGAGCGAGGACGCCGGGGGGCAAGCGCUUCAUAUGUUGAGUCACCAGGGCGGUAAGAGUUAAACUGACACAUGGGUAGUCGAAACGUGAGAACGUCUGUGUUUGAAUGUGCAGUUAAUAAAAUUAAUCUCUUUGUUUUUCUUUGACGUUUCUCUUAACUAACGACUUAUCUGAGAUCGAUGUUGCGUGUGUAUCUAUGUUUCGAUGGGGAUGACCUUGACAUAUAGUGUAAAUAGAAGCCCGAUGGCCGUUCGUUGCUAAUUGUCGCAAAAGACUGUUACUCUAUCUUUUGCUGAAGAUUUAAUUUGAAUGAGCUGCGCAAUCUGUUUAGUUCUUCCGUUGAAUUCGAUCGCUUUUUAUAGGUAUAUUUAUUUAUCUUUCCGAAUCUACUGUUCUCUUCCGUAACUGCGGUACUGAAAUGAAUGCGCGUUGACCGAUGUCUGUUCGACGUAUAGAGUAACUGGUAUCCGCCUUCACCUCCAUGGCUGGCAGCGUACUGUUCAUGUUAGCUGUAGGUCUGUAACUGUUAGCUCGAUGCGUCUGUGUCUGUCGGCGAGGCCGCGAGGCCCCUCGCCGCACUACAUAUUAGUUUGUUCAUUUUUCUUCUUCAAUAAAUAAUACUUUGCUAUUUCACGUUUCAUUUAGGAAUGGCUUACUUACUGGAUACGCUCAUUUGCUAAGUUGAUUUAUUUUGUCCCAUGAUCACCCGGCGGCGGGCCGAGCGCCCGUCGCUCCAUGUCCAUGUUUUGUUUCUGUUUAGUUAUCAGUUUGUUUGUGUUGGUAUGAGUUAGCGACGCCCGCGCGGCCGGGGCUGCCUGCGCGCGCGCCGCUCCCGACUCCUCACCGCAUUCGUUUGGCGAGCUAUAGUGACAUCAUUAUUGUGUUGUAGAGUCACGAGGUGGGCAUGAAAACCCUGGUCAUGCUGGAUGAACAGGGCGAGCAAUUGGACAGAAUCGAGGAGGGAAUGGAUCAGAUCAACGCGGACAUGCGCGAGGCAGAGAAGAACCUCUCGGGCAUGGAGAAAUGUUGCGGGAUCUGUGUUCUACCGUGCAACAAGGGUGCGUCAUUCAAGGAGGACGAUGGUACGUGGAAAGGGAACGACGAUGGCAAGGUGGUCAACAACCAGCCCCAGAGGGUGAUGGACGAGCGCAACGGGAUAGGACCACAAGCCGGAUACAUAGGAAGGAUAACAAACGACGCUCGCGAAGAUGAGAUGGAAGAGAACAUGGGUCAGGUGAACACGAUGAUCGGUAACCUCCGCAACAUGGCUCUGGACAUGGGCUCCGAGCUGGAGAACCAGAACCGCCAGAUCGACCGCAUCAACCGCAAGGGUGAGAGCAACGAGACGCGCAUAGCGGUGGCCAAUCAACGCGCGAACAAGCUCCUCAAGUCUUAAGCACAACGCACUUGAAUAAACCCACUAAAAUGACGCUUAUCAAAAUACACUUUAUUAUUUAAAUUAA